UAUACCGAGUAGCACAAUUAUCAAGAUAAUGGCGGUCAACUUAAUUGAACCUCCGGAUGGUGUUUUUCAAGCUAAAAGCAACACGGGAUCAGACGAUUGGUCGGUUAUCUUGCCUUACAUUGAUCGUCGAAAGUAUACAAUUGGCGACAAGUACAUCUCGUGGGCGACGCAGGGCGACUUCGUCUUUUUCAGGACUAAGGGCGACCAGUGGAAUUGGAGAUUCGGCCUGGAAAUCUUAUGCGAUGAUGACUUUUACUGGGUCAAACCGGGCCAGGGAGACAUAAUUUUUCAAAACGGUGUCAAGCUGGAUGACAAAGUCGAAACGAGGCUUAAUUUUAACGACACACUCAUUGUCACGAAGCUCCGCAACAACAUUUCUGGUGGACUUGCAAUCUUCACGUUUAAUAAACGGGAGUACCCUGAAAAUUGGGAUACAUGUAAGAAAAUGGAACUCUGUGGCUCGGAGAAGGCGCCUGAGUCAAGUUUCACACUGGAUCGAAAUCAAUUGGUAUGCAAAAUUCCUUAAUAUUUUGC